GGGCGGGCGGCGGCGGCGGCAUCACAGGCGGCGGCGGCGGCUCGCGCUCUCGGUUCGUUCGCCAGCCCAGUCGGUCGGAGCUCGGCGCUCGCUCGCCAGGGAGGAGCUGCUGUGAGGGCCGAGCGCGAGCGCCUCCUCCCGACCCCCGAGGAUGAUAAACACCCAGGACAGGAGUAUCUUACCUUUGAGUAACUGCCCCCAAGUACCGUGCUGCAGGCACAUCGUUCCAGGGCCUCUGUGGUGCUCCGAUGCCCCUCACCCACUGUCGAAGAUCCCCGGUGGGCGAGGGGUUGGCAGGGAUCCUUCUCUCUCAGCUUUGAUAUAUAAGGAUGAGAAGCUCACUGUUAACCAAGAUCUUCCAGUGCAUGAUGGGAAACCACAUAUUGUCCACUUCCAGUACAAAGUUACGGAAGUAAAGAUCUCCUCCUGGGAUGCAGUGCUAUCCAAUCAGAGUCUUUUUGUGGAAAUCCCUGAUGGCUUAUUAGCUGACGGGAGCAAAGAAGGAUUAUUAGCGCUGUUAGAAUUUGCUGAAGAGAAAAUGAAAGCAAGUUAUGUCUUCAUCUGCUUUCGAAAAAGCAGAGAAGACAGAGCUCCGUUACUGAAGACAUUCAGUUUUUUGGGUUUUGAAAUAGUGAGGCCUGGUCAUCCUUGUGUCCCAUCACGGCCAGAUGUGUUGUUCAUGGUAUACCCCCUGGAUCAGGUCUCUUCAGAUGACGAUUAGACCUAGUGCAGCGUUUCAGUGGGGCCUGGACAUGCUUCAAAGACGAGAGGGGGCUAAAACGCCUCUUCUGAGGAAAGGGAAAACAAAAUUCUUCUGGACUGAAACUGCAUUUCUUAUUGUUAGAGUGACCUGUAUAUCUUCUGAGUUGACUUUUCCAUUGAAAUGUGUUACCUAGUGAAUAAUAUAAAGUCUGCACAUGUAAUUGCACAAGAGUAAAUGGAAGGUAAAUGGAGCUCUGUGGCUCGCUGUAAGCCUAGUGGAGACAUCCUGCCCAGCCCCAGGGUGGCUACGGAGCCCACAGAUGAAGAGAGGGAAAAGCCUCAAUUACUUGUUACAUGUUGGGCUAUCUAUCAAUUUGGUUAUUUGGCUUUCGUUUUAAAUGCGUAUUGAUAUGUUCAGACUCUUAAGCAGGGGAACGUUUUGAGUGUGGAAAUAUGAGGAACAUUAGCAUUUUUUGGCAAACAGAUGAUGGUACCACUGGGUCCAUCAAUACUCCGGGGUUCUGAGAAACUCUGUCCUUUUUCUGGCUUUUUUAUUAGGUUAGUUAUUAACUCUGCAUUAGUGCAGCUUCAUUUAAAAGGGGGGAGUGAAACCAAUGUGUGAAGGUGGUCUUGCUUCUGAGAGAGCCUGAAUGGCAUCGCCAUCCCUCUCAAAAGAAUCUGGUGUCCUACCAUGGUAUCAUAUGGGGAAAGGGCCAAGUCAAAUUGAGCUCUUCCUUUUAGGAGGAAAUGUCUGGUCCACGCUUCUGUUAUUUACGAAGUCUAUGGAUUCCAGAAUCAUUCCAGGCAACUUGAUUUGACACUUAACUUAGUCUUUAAUCUAUGCAUUCUCCAAAUGCAUUGGAAACUUUCCCUAAAAGUAGUUCACAUGAUUGAAAUCUCAUGUCCUCAUCCUUUCUUCAAAUGCCUCCUUUGAAUGUUAAAUGACAGCUGUCAUGCUUACCUUUCCUUGAACAGCCAAGUUCCUUCAAACUUCAUUCACAAUAUACAAUUCUAAAACUUUCCUUGUCUAUUUACUGAUGUUAUUCAAAGCACUUUUCACUUCUGAGGCAUUAAUGUGAAUCUUUUGCCUCAUCAGUGCAAAACAUGAGCCAUCUGGCUAUCGCAGAAGGGAAACCCUAUAGAGCCUAAGUGGGCACAAUAAGCUUCCUCUUCGGCCAGAUACCUGCAAUUCCUGCUUAGUUUCCAGUUGUAGAUUGUGGGUAUCUUGACUGUCUCGCUGAAUUUCAGGGCAGGAACGAGCAGUUUCUUUAGCCUUACCAUUAAGGAUCUCCUGGUUGGAGGAGGGGAUUAUCUAACUCCAGACCCUUGGCAGGUCUUGGUGGGGGGAAAAAAGCAACACAGGACUGAUGCCACAGGGAUAAAAUAAAAACUAUCUGCAUCUCACAAUUUUCACUCGUAAAAUGUCAGAUCUCACAACUACAGGCUUUAAUAUUAGGCAUACUUUGAAAAUUUAUCGGGCUGACAACUGGCACUAUUAAUCGUGGAAGAUCCAACUCACAGAGUUUAUGAUUUGGGGUUACCUGGCUGUUUGAUAAGCAGUUUAAUCUGCACCGUCCAGUUAACGAGAAAACCAGCAACUCAUUUGCCAAAGAGUGAGACGCCAUUUGGGAGACCUCCACUUGGUAAAACUGGCUUCUACAUUCACCACACUUUUAAUAACGUAGACGGAUAGGGCUGCUAAAACUUCCUGAACCGUAUUUAGACAAUUCUUGGAUAUAUUGCCCCUGCAAGUUAGGACAUCUGAAAUGGAACCUGACUGUUUGAAACGAGCUCUGCUUGCUUUAUUGGGUGUGCUUUGUCUUGUCUGCUUGCUUGGGCUGAUACAUAAAGCCAACAAUAUGACUACUGUUUGUGGAAACAAGCGUAGGCCAGCUAGGCCCUAAAUGGCAUUGGCCUCUUAAUCUUUGAAAUGUUUGUGCUUAUCAGUUUUCAGAGUUCUAGCCAAUAUAAAAGAAUUGCGGCCUUUUUGAUUUAAGGUUGAUAAUGUUCCCAUUUCCUUUUGCUCCAAUGUGUUAUAAGAAGUGCUUUUAGGCAAGUAGGUUCUCUCAUCCAACUCUAAUUCAUCUUUAAGUUAGCAGAAAGAUCUACAGGGACAAAACCACACGUGAGGAAAUUUCUAUUGAACCCAGGAAAUAACGGUCCAAUAAAAUUCAGAGUCUUUGACCAAGGACUGUUCAAAAUGCAAUCUUUGAGGAAAAGGGAAAUUCAACUUCUCUCCCCAGCGAAGCUGUUUGCUCAAGUAUACUUAAUUACAAGUAAGCUUACCCUAUCUAGACAGGUACCUACUUGGCAGAGAAUAAAAAUAUUCACUAGUACUACCAAAUUCUCUUCCCCUCAUUUGUUAUUCAUCUUACUUUGAGUGGAGAAAGAAGAAACCUCACGUAGUUGGACUUUUGCUAAAUUUAAAUUUUAGCCAUAAUGAUACCAUUUUGCAGAAUAGGGUUGAUGCUCAUGAAUAUUCUCAGCUUGUUAUGACUUCCUUGAAGUUGGUAUUAGAUGGGUCAAUAAAAUAUCCCAUAGUG